AGAAGAGAAAAAAAAGUGAGGCACUGAUAAAGACAAGUUUUGCUGCCAUGCUGCUUCUAACCCAACAGAGUGACAUCAAUUAGAAGAAAAAAAUUGUGAAAGCAUUUUUAAUCCAUAGAUUUGCCUUACGGUUACAUAUGGACUUUCCUGGAAAAAAAGCAUGUCAGGAAAUUCCGGAUGCCCCUUUUAUCUCUGGGGACUUCUAGCCUUGUUGGGUUUGGCUCUGGUCAUAUCACUGAUCUUCAACAUUUCUUACUAUUUGGAAAAGCAGCGACAAGAUAAAAUGUACAGGUACUCCAGUGACUACAUUCCCAGAGUUGAUGAGUAUUAUAUGGAAGACACACCAAUUUAUGGUAACUUAGAUGAUAUAACUUCAGAACCGAUGGAUGAAAAUUGCUAUGAACAAAUGAAAGCCCGACCAGAGAGAUCUGUAAAUGAGAUGCAAGAAGCUACCCGACCUGCACCGGCAACUGCUGAAACACAGAUGUUCUACGCCUCUCUUGAUCACAGCUUUAAGGGGAAGCGCAGAAAGCCUAGGAAACAGAAUACUCCCUUGCCAGACAAGAGUGAAGAUACACAGCCGUAUGCAAUGGAUGCCAGCAUGUCUAAGGCCACUUCAGUAGACGAUUUCUCUCCAGGAAACCAGGAGGUAGAGGAGAAUAUUCAUGACGAUCCCAUCAGACUGUUUGGAUUGAUUCACGCUAACAGAGAACCUGUAUAACCUGUAUGCCAGCUGGACUAUGCCCUAGCACAACAAUUUGGCUCUUACUGAAGAUGGUUGUUAGAAAACAGGAUCCCCAUGUGACACAGAACGACUGGCAGGGUGGUGAUCUGACCAUUUGUUGACAGGAUGGUGGCUCACCUCUGAUUCAGAACUUAAACUCACAUAUGCCAAAAGUAAUGCCAUGAGGAUUAGUUAUUUCGAUGUACUGAAAACCACUUAAAUAGGAAAAUGUAAAAUAAAAUCCAGUUUGCAAAUUAGUCUGAUAAUAAAGUUAUAACUUCAGAACAAUACCUAAUUCUCUGAGAAAUAAAAAUACAUUAAGCAUAAAUGAGUUCUGGAAUAUGAUGAAAGAAAAAUAAAAGCCAAUGAUUUAAAAAAAAAAUUUCCUUUCUCAUCAAUAUGAAACAGUCCAUAAUUGGAAGAAAUUUCUGAUGGAAAAAUACAGGAGACAUUAAAAUACAUUAUUAGUGAUACAAGCUUCUUAGGUAUUUUUCACAAAGAGAGAUAGUUUUGCUAGUUCAAAACUUAUUGUAAAAUUAAUGCAUGCUCCUUCAACA